AUGUUACAUCAUGCAGAAUUAACUCACGGCUUUGUUUGUACCUCAAUUGGAAGUUCAAUCUAUCAUUUACACAAAUGUACGAGAAGUGGACAAUUUAUAGCUGAUAAAAUUGUUUCUUUUUCUCCCGUCUCAAUUGGGCCUACUGACUGGCCAGGAAAUUGUCCAGAAGUUCCAGCAUUUCUCACAGAUAUGGCUAUUUCUAUGGACGAUUUAAAUUUAUAUGUGUGUGCGGCAUUUCAUGGAUUUGUUGCUCAAUUAGAUAUUUCUGACCCUUUUAGACCUUCUUUGACACAGAAAGUCUUUCUUGGUGGAAUUAUUUACAAAUGUAUUGGUAUUUCAGAAUUAGGCAAAAUGCCUUUGGGGAAAAGUACAAGCACCCAAAGAAGUUACAAUACAGAACAAAUAAAAUUAAAUGGAAAAAUAUAUGAAGGUGGCCCUUGUCGUCUUCAAUUGUCUUUAGAUGGAAGACGUUUAUUCAUUUCAAAUUCAUUUCUUCGCAAUUGGGAUCAACAUUUCUUUCCAAAAUUGGCAGAGUUUGUAUUAAAUAUUUAA